UCUGUUGCUGUGAACGUACCAGAUGGACAGACUGUCGAACAAGCGUCCGUUUCCGAACGAACGUUAUAUACCUCCCCUUCCCCCCCUCAUUCAGUAACUAUUCCUCAGCUUGCCUUAAAUCCUACCUACCUACUACCCAUUCGCACUCUUAAAACUCACCUCCUUGUAUUACCUCUUCACCCUACACAACCUCCACAUAACUUCUUUAAUCAUGUCUCCCUCCGCGGACGAAGUUUCUGCCACCUUCACCAAGAACGCCAAUGGCAACGGUGAAGAUGUUGCCACAUCUAACUCUGUACCACAAAUGCACACCGACAUUUCCCGGUCAGACGACGACCCACCAUCUCCGAUCGAGGUGCCGGCCACCCGACUGGCUUUGGCGGAGGUGGAGCGUCUGAUGCACCCUCUCAGCAUCCACCCGUCGCAGCGUGAGCGACGGGCGUCGCGAAACUCCUUUGGUGCUUCGCUCCCGAUUCCCCGAGUACCCCGGCGGUCGGUUCUCCAGAUGCGCCCUGGAAUGCCCGAUUCCAUCCCCUCGUUCGAUAUUCUGGCGAGGAAGGCGCAGGAUAUGGCGCAGCAGAAGGUCGCCAACGCUAAGAACAUGGCGUUCGCUUUCGAUAUCGACGGCGUGCUCGUUCAUGGUGAUCGGUUGAUUCCUGAGGGACAGAAGGCGCUCGAGAUCCUGAACGGUGAUAACGAGUUGGGUAUCAAGAUCCCGCACAUCUUCCUGACCAACGGCUCUGGAAAGCCCGAAGCCGAAAGAUGCGCCCAGCUCUCCAAGAUUCUCGGCUCGCCCGUGUCGACGAAGCAGUUCAUCCAGGCGCACACGCCCAUGUCCGCCCUGGCGCAAUACUACAACACCGUCCUGGUCGUCGGCGGAGAGGGCUACCGCUGCCGCGAGAUCGCCGAGCUGUACGGCUUCAAGGACGUCGUCGUCCCCAACGACAUCGUGGCCUGGGACGAGACGAUCGCGCCAUACCGGGUCUUCGGCCCUUGGGAGCGCGCGUCCGCCCGUCCCCGCGACUUCGAAAACAUCAAGAUCGAAGCGAUCCUCGUCUUCUCGGACAGCCGCGACUACGCCACUGACUACCAGAUCAUCAUGGACCUGCUGCGGUCCGACGGCGGGCGCCUACACACCCAGGCCAAGAACCCGACCAAACAAUCGCUGCCGAUCUACUUCUCGCAGGGCGACUUCCUGUGCCCGACGGAGCACCCAAUCCCGCGCAUGUCGCAGGGGACGUUCCGCGUCGGCCUCGAGGCCAUGUACAAAGCCAUGACGGGCAUCGAGUUGGAGCGCACCAUCUACGGCAAGCCCGAGAUCGCAACCUACACCUACGCAGACGAGGUCCUCUCCUCGUGGAUGGAGGAUAUCCACUCCGAAAACGUCCUGCCGAAGAAUGUGUACAUGAUCGGCGACAACCCGCAGUCGGACAUCGUCGGCGGUAAUGCCUACGGCUGGAACACGUGCCUCGUCCGCACCGGUGUCCACACCGGCGACGAGAACGAUAAGGAGAACCCCGCGAGCAUGGGGCUGUUUGAGAAUGUCCUCCAUGCCGUCGUCACUUGCAUGCAGAGAGAACUCGGCCAUGACUUUAAGUUCGAGUUCGACCUGAAGGCGCAUAACCCCACCCUGCUGGACGCGCCUGUCUCCGCUAUCGAAGUAUAGUCCGCCCGCUACCGCCUCGUGAUACCGCCGUUUGUCGCUUGUCUUUGAUUGAGGGGAUUGAUUUGGGGGAUGGGGGAUGGGUUGGAGUGGGGGGGUGGAGCCCCUCCACCUACUACUACUACUACUGGCUGGUAUUUGAUCUUUGGGUCUGAUUAUUCACAUUUUGGGAGUUCUAUAGCCGCGGUUACUCGCUCGAACGUUUCGUUUAUCUUUUUUCUUCUGUGUUUUUCUUCUGGGUUCGGUCUGUUAGAUUUCUGCUUGCUCGCGCGCUGUUUUGGAUCUGGUUUCGGAUUAGGAUUUCCUUUUAUACUUAGAUACUUGGUACGUCGUCGGUCGAUAGAGAAUCGGAG